UCUGCUGCGACGACGACCACAUUCACUCGUCAGUCUGCCACUGGUAUGGCCACCGCGAUCCGGUUGAUAGUGCUAUUCUCCUCCAUCAGUGCAUUGUGCAAGGCAGGUCCACCAGGCUACGAUGGCUUGGACGGUCAAGUCAGCGACACCCUGUCCGGGAACUUCAGCAAAGCCGUUUCAGUCAAACAGGGCAAGCAGAUUGUCUAUCCAUGCAAGUGCGAAGAGAGCAUGUGCAGUUGUUGCAGUGGAAACGUUUUACAGAAUUUCAAUUUGAACUUGAGGCAACGGUUGUGCGCCAACAUAUCAUAUUAUGCUGACGAUUUUGAAUUUAACGUGCGGUUGCUCUACAACGACUACACUCUGUUCAAUAGGGUCGUAUCAGGUAAAAACCCACGGCCAAUUUGUGUACCGAUAUUCCCGCCGGCAUGGACUCGUAGUCGAGUGUGUCUGAGGUUCAAGGACGUGUACUUUGUCGGCCGGAACAUACACAUGUGCUUGGCCAUGGAAGCCCAAACGGAAAAGCAACCUGUGUUCGCCGUGGAGUUCAACUGUAUACGAAUGGGCACAGCGGGGGUAGCUCUGCUGAAACCGGAAGAAGGCGGGGGGCUGCCACCACCCCCGGUACCGUCCCGUCCACCCCCGGAAGUGUCCAACACCGGAAGCAAUGAAACCAUGACCACAACGACUUCGACGAACGAAGACACGACCAUAAUCACCGACAAUAAUAGUAUGCUACAAAAAUGAAGUUGAAAAAAAUCCCCCAACAAGGAUUGCUAAAAAAUGUUCCACAUCUAUACUGUUUCUUGAAACGUGAUAAAAAAAAACGACACCAGCAGUGUUCAACCAAAGUGUGUAGGUACCUACGUUUGUUUUUUUUAUUUAUAAAGAACCGAAAGACGUUUUUAUUUCAAAAUGUAUUUUUAUUAUUUAUUCGUAUGGUAUGUAGUUUGUUAUUUGUAUGAUGUUGUUAAUAGAUCUAUAGACUCGUUUUGUUGUAAUAAAUUGAAAACGAUUUGGUUA